AUGGCUCCCAUCAAAAGGAAAGCUCAGACUGAGGAGCGCGAGGUGAAGCGCUCCAAGGCCGACAGCUCGGCCGCUGCUCCGGUCAAGAAGAGACAACCCCCGGAGACCAAGGAACAAGGCGACAGAAAUCCCGUCAAGGCCUCGAUUCUCUCGCAAGAAGAGCGCGCUUUCCCUCGUGGUGGUGCCAGUGUCUUGACUCCUCUGGAACACAAGCAGAUCAAGAUCCAGGCCGAACGCGACGUUCUUUUCGAGCAAUCCGGAGGCAAGAAGCAAAAAUCAGACAACUUUUCCGACGACGACGAUGAGGACGCUGCUGCUGGUGCCGAUUCUGGUGCCGCUCCCAAAAAAAAGAGAAAGACAAAGGCCGACAAGCGUGCUGCCAAAGCCGCCGAAGACGACAAGCCCACAAUCAAGAUCCACGGUCUGAGCUACAAGAACAUUGCCGUUGGAACCCUGGUACUGGGCCAAGUCACCGAUAUCACAUCGCGCGAUGUUGCUCUUGCUCUGCCCAACAACCUCACAGGAUUUGUUCCCUUGACGGCAAUCUCGGAAAAGGUCAACCAAAAGAUCGAGGCCCUGCUGGCUCAGGCCGACGAGGAUGUCAAGGACGAGAGCGAAGACGAAGAUGAUGACGACCUCGACCUCAAAUCGCUGUUCCACGUCGGACAAUGGCUCAGAGCCAGUGUUACCUCAACUGCCGACGAGACUGCUGUCAACGGUCUGCGCAAAUCAAAAAAGAGAAUCGAACUCUCUGUCGACCCAAAACAAGCAAACGUUGGUCUUGACGUCUCAAAUCUGCCCGUCCACUCGACACUGCAAGCCUCGGUCCGCAGUGUGGAAGAUCACGGUCUGGUUAUGGAUCUGGGCCUGGACGACGAGUCCGUCAGAGGUUUCGUCUCCAAGAAAGAGCUAGGAAAGAUUUUUGACAUCUCCAAGAUCCACGAGGGUCAGGUCAUGCUCUGUGUUGUCACUGGCAAGGCCUCGGCCAACAAGGUCAUCAAGCUGGCUCCUGAUUUCACAAAGAUGGGCGAUAUUACGAAGCACUGUCUUUCUGACGCCCCCACGAUUGAUGCUUUCUUGCCCGGAACAGCUGUUGAAGUCUUGGUCACCGAAUCAAGCCGUGGAGGUAUUGCCACACAGGUCAUGGGUAUGCUCGACGCAACGGCAGACGUCAUUCACUCCGGCGCUGGUGCUCGCGUGGACGAUGUGUCCAAGAAGUACAAGAUUGGCUCAAAGGUCAAGGCUCGUGUGAUCUGCACUUUCCACACAGCCGAGACCAAGAAGAUCGGUAUCUCCUUCCUCGACCACAUCAAGACUUUCAAGGCAUUCGCUCUUGGCAGCGAGAAGAAGGCCGACAAGAUCGGUCCUUCCUCGAUUGUCGAGGACGCCCAGGUCGUGCACGUUGAGCCUGCUAUGGGUCUUUUCGUGAAGCUCGCUGGUUCUUCCAACCCCGGUUUCGCUCACAUUUCUAGAAUCUCCGAAAAAAAGAUCGACAAUCUUUCAGAAACCAUCGGCCAAUACAAACUCGAAUCAACUCACCGCGCUAGAGUCCUUGGUUUCAACCCCGUCGAUGCCAUCUACAAUGUCUCUCUCGAGCAGAAGAUCCUGGAUCAGCCUUUCUUGCGUAUCGAGGAUGUUGAGGUUGGUCAGGUCGUCAAGGCAACUGUUUUGAAGAUCAUUCUGGGCGCAAAGGGUGUCACUGGUGUUCUGGUACAGCUUGCUGACGGCAUUGAUGGUCUCGUCCCCGAGGCGCACAUGGCUGACGUGAAGCUGCAACAUCCCGAAAAGAAGUUCAGAGAAGGCUUCCCUGUGACUGCCCGUGUUCUCACUGUCGACCCCGAGAAGAACCAGAUUCGCUUGACCCUCAAGAAAACCCUCGUCAACGCCGAUGCCAAGAUCUGGAAGUCAUACGAGGACAUCAAUGUUGGAGACGAAGCACCUGGUACCAUCAUCAACAUUAAGCCCAACGGUGCUGUUGUUCAAUUCUACGGCAAGGUCAGAGCAUGGCUCCCCGUCGCUGAGAUGAGCGAGGCAUAUAUCGCAGACCCUUCUCAGCAUUUCAGACAAGGUCAAACUGUUAUGGUCCACGCACUUUCGGUUGAUGCAGAGGCCAAUGAGCUUAAGGUUUCUUGCAAGGAUGCCUCUGCUUUUGGAAAGGAUGAAGAGUCGGCAUGGAGUGACCUGAAAGAGGGUCAGCUCAUCAACGCAUCUGUUACCGAAGUCACUGGUGAGAGCGUCAUGCUUGACUUGGAAGGCUCAAACCUCAAGGGUACUCUCCGUCUCGCUCACCUCACUGAUGGAUCUGAGGCCAAGAACAGGUCGACUCUUAAGCAAAUCAGAGUUGGCCAGAAGCUGAACGAGCUUGUCGUUUUAGAGAAGCUGGACAGAAGACAUUUGGUCAUUCUGAGCAACAAGCCCAGCUUGGUCAAGGCCGCCAGCUCCAAGACCCUGAUUAGUCAAUUCAAGAGCCUUGCCCAAGGUCAAGAGGUCAGCGGUUUCGUGCGCAACAUUACACCUGACGGUGUUUUCGUUGAGUUCGCCGCUGGUCUUGUUGGCUUCAUGCCUAAGACUCAAAUCACACAAGAGAAGCUUGCUUUGCCUGCAUUCGGUCUGCGCAAGGACCAGUCCAUCUCAGCUAGAGUCCUUUCCGUCAACAACGACUCCAAGCGUUUCGUUCUCACCCUCCGCGCCGAGGAAAAGAAGGAGGAGAAGCCUCAAGCCGCUGUGCCCACCACUGUGACCAACCCUGUCGAUGGAGUUACUGCUUCGCUCACUGACUUCACACUGGGCAAGGAGACCCAAGCACGCAUUGUUUCCAUCAAGGACACUCAACUCAAUGUCUUGCUUGCCGACAACAUCCAAGGUCGUAUCGAUGUAUCUGAGGUGUUCAACAGCUGGGAAGACAUCAAGGAUAGAAAGAAGCCUCUCCAAAAAUUCAAGGCCAAGCAGGUUCUUCCUGUUAAGGUCCUCGGUAUCCACGAUGCCCGCAACCACCGCUUCCUGCCUAUCACUCACCGCCACUCUCGCGUUCCCGUUCUUGAGCUCACUGCCAAGACCAACACUACCUUGAACUCGGAGUCUGACAUCUUGACUCUUGAUCAGGUCAAGGUCGACUCUACUUGGAUUGCUUACGUCAACAACAUCGGUGACAAGUGCUUGUGGGCCAACCUGUCACCCAACGUUCGUGGUCGCAUUGAUCUUCUCGAUGUCUCGGACGACGUUUCCCUUCUCCAGGACAUCCCCAAGAACUUCCCUGUCGGCUCUGCCAUCCGUGUCAAGGUCAAGAACGUCGAUGCUGCUGCCAACCGUCUGGAUCUCGUUGCCGCUUCCGCCGCCUCAUCAGCUCCAGUCACCCUCAGGACUCUUACUGACGGCCAGAUUCUUGCCGGAAAGGUUACUAAGGUCAGCGAGCGUAACGUUAUUGUCCAGCUCAGCGACUCUGUCUCUGGUAUUGUUACUUUGACCGAGUUGUCCGAUGAUUUCACAGAGGCCAACCCUACCACACACACCAGAGGCGACAUCGUUCGUGUCUGCGUCUCCGCUGUUGACCUUCCCAACAAGCGUGUCUACCUCAGCAUGCGUCCCUCCAAAAUCUUGAGUUCGGCACUGCCUGUCGAAGACCGUCAGAUCACCUCUAUUCCUCAGUUGGCUGUCAACGAUGUUGUCCGCGGUUUUGUCAAGGCUGUCACAGAUAAGGGUGUCAUUGUCAACCUCGGCCCUCGUGUCGAUGCUUUUGUCCGUAUUUCCGAUCUCUCUGACCAAUUUGUCAAGGAGUGGAAGUCAGCAGUCGAGAUUGAUCAGCUCGUCAAGGGCAAGAUUCUGCAGAUUGAUGCAAACCUCAACCACGUUCAGAUGAGCUUGAAGCAGUCUCACGUUGACAAGGAUUACGUCCCUGCCAACUCUUUCGCCGACCUCAAGGUUGGUCAGUUCGUUACUGGUAAAGUGAGAAAGGUCGAGGACUUUGGUGUCUUCAUCGACGUCGAUAACACUAUCCCUCGUGUCAGCGGUCUCUGCCACAAGAGUCAGAUUGCCGACUCUGCUGUGGAGGAUGUCAAGAAGCUUUACGAUGCCGGUGAUCUCGUCAAGGCCAAGGUCUUGCACAUUGACACCGAGAAGCGUCGCAUCAGUUUCGGUUUGAAAGCCUCGUACUUCAAGGACCUUGAUGGCGAUGAGGAGAUGGAAGAUGACGAUGAGGACGAAGAGUCUGAUGGUGAGGGCGUUGCUCUUGAUGACGAUGCUUCGGAAUCUGAUGACGGUGUUGACAUCGACAUGUCUAACGUACAAGACAUGGAGAGCGAUGAUGAAGCUGCAUCGGACGAAGAGAUGAGCGAGGAUGAUGUACCCGCCCGCAAGUCUAUUCUCGGUGGUCUUACUACUUCCGGCUUCGACUGGAGCGGAGCUUCGGCUCUUGACAACGACGGUGCCAUCUCAGACGCUGAAGAAGCAUCUGCACCUCUCAAGAAGCGUAAGCGCAAGGCUGCCAUCCAAGUCGACCAGACUGGCGAUCUUGAUGCCAACGGCCCUCAGUCAGUCGCCGACUUCGAACGUAUGCUGCUCACAUCUCCCUCGGACUCCUCGCUCUGGAUUCAAUACAUGGCCUUCCAACUCGGUCUCUCCGAAGUCCAAAAGGCCCGUGACAUUGGUCAACGCGCUCUCCGCACCAUCCACCUCCGCGAGCAAGACGAGAAGCAAAACAUCUGGGUCGCCCUCCUGAACUUAGAAGUCGCCUACGGCGAUACCGACUCAGUCGACGCCACCUUUAAGGAAGCCUGCAAAGUCCAAGACAGCUUCGCCAUGCACGAGAAGCUCGCCGCCAUCUACACUUCCUCAGGAGACUUCCGCGCCGCCGAAAAGAUCUUCGACGCAAUGGCAUCCACAAAGUCUUUCCGCCCUAACCCCAACCUCUGGCUCAAUUACGCAACCUUCCUGUUCGAGAAGCGCGAUGCAGCUACCCAAGCACGCGCUCUCCUCCCCCGCGCUCUGCAAUCAGUACCUUCCCACGACCACCGCAACCUUACUGCCAAAUUCGCAGCCCUUGAGUUCCGCACAUCCACCGGCGAGCCCGAGCGCGCACGCACAAUUUUCGAAUCCAUGCUCGCGCAGUGGAAGAAAUGGCCACAAGGCUGGGAUAUGUGGUGUGAUCUUGAGCGCAGCUUGGCCAAGCAAAGCGGCAAGAAAGAAGAUGUGGAGAGAGUUAGAGGCUUGUUUGAGCGUAUGGCUGCAGCUAAGAUGAAGAAGCGUCGUGCGAGAUUUGUGUUCAAGAGGUGGUUGGAGUUUGAGGAAGAGCAGGGCGAUGCUAAGCAUGUUGAUGCCGUCAAGGCCAGAGCAAAGGCCUUCGUGGAGAAGAUGCAAAACGGAGAGGAUGAGGAGAUGGAUGAGUGA